AUGGAUACGCAAAAAUUACUUUUGAAUCCAGUGAGUAAAAUAAAAUCCACGUCUAAUAAUAAAAUAACAAUCGUCGGUGCCGGACAAGUGGGUUUGGCAUGCGCCUACAGCAUAUUAACCCAAAACGUAUCGAGUCACAUAUGUUUGAUAGACAUGAUAGAAGAUAAGGUCAAAGGUGAAGUUCUCGAUUUGCAACACGGUACGACUUUUCUCAGGGGUGCCAAAAUCGAAGGAGGAACAGAUUACCAAUUGAGUGCCGGAUCGAAAAUUUGCAUAGUGACGGCAGGUGCGCGGCAAAAAGAUGGAGAAUCGAGAUUGAAUUUGGUACAGAGGAAUACAAACAUAUUUAAGGAAAUAAUACCGAAAUUAGUCGAACACAGUCCGGAUACGAUAUUGUUGAUUGUUAGCAAUCCAGUGGAUAUUUUAACCUUUGUGGCAUGGAAAUUGAGCGGUCUACCUCAGCAUAGAGUUAUUGGUUCUGGCACUAAUUUAGACACAUCCAGAUUUAGGGUAUUAUUAUCUGAACGUUUGGGUAUUUCGCCGACAAGCUGUCACGGUUGGAUCGUAGGAGAACAUGGAGAUACAAGCGUUGCCGUUUGGUCGGGUGUAAACGUUGCCGGUGUCAGACUUCAGGAUUUAAAUUCGACCAUUGGAACGUCGGAAGAUUUGGAAAAUUGGGAGGAAACUCACGAGCAAGUCGUACGAAGUGCUUACGAAAUAAUCAAACUCAAAGGUUACACGUCUUGGGCCAUAGGAUUGAGUUUGUCAUCUAUAUCCAUGAGCAUACUUUUGAACACUCAAAACGUUCACGCAGUGUCGACGAAUUUAAAGGGUUAUUACGGUAUAGAAGAUGAGAUUUUUCUAUCGUUGCCCUGCGUUCUCGGUUCAGAAGGUAUAACUCACGUCGUUUCGUUACCACUCAACAAAAAGGAAACAUCCCUUUUGAUCAAAUCCGCGAAAACGUUAAAAGAAAUACAAGAAAAUAUAAAAAUGUAA